CGCAUUACUUUCCCUGAAUGUGUGGGCUUCAGGAAAUACUCAGAGGAGCAGCAUUUACACUGGAGGCUGUUCUGAUGUUUUGUAAGAGAGAGAAAGGGAGAGAUCUUGGCUGCAGUUUCUAAAGGAAUGGCAGAAAGUGAAGUGAGCAGGGCUGCUACCUGGGAAGCAGAGCAACUUUCCUGAGGGAGGAAACAAAAUCUGCAAGAGGAAAAGAAAUGGUGUUUUAUCCUUGGUUACUUUCCCUUGGAAUGUCUGAACCAGCUAAUUCUAAUGCAUCAGCAUUAGCAAUAAAGCAUCAGGCUGGCGUACCAUCUUCGCAUGUGCUAGUGUACACGCUGCACAAGUCAGGUGCCUGUGGGAGAUAGACCCAUAGCGUUUUGGUGGAGGAACCCUACAAAUACAUGCUGUCUGGAGGAGCACCAACUCUGGUUCCAGGAUUAAGGGAGUCCUAGGAAGUAGGCCCCUCAUCUUCCUCCUGGGCAAUGUUGUGGCUGUCUGUCCACCCCAGUCCCCUAGCCCCGCUUCAGCUCAGUGUUCCAGCAGGUUAGAAGACAUUUUGAAAUUGGUUCAAGAAAGUCGUCAUGAUGGGGCUAAAGAAUCCAACUGCCUUUCGUGGUGGUCUUCAUCUUUUAAGUGUUGUUCUACUCUUGCUAUUGCACAUGGACAGAGUACACUCAGAACAUCAGACUGAAGUUACCAAUAAAACUAAUCCAGAAUGUACUGGUUCCUAUAUCUGUAAGAAAGGUGUGAUUUUACCAAUUUGGGAACCUCAGGACCCUUCGUUUGGAGAUAAAAUAGCAAGAGCUACUGUAUACUUUGUAGCUAUGGUCUACAUGUUUCUGGGAGUCUCAAUUAUCGCUGACCGUUUCAUGUCAUCCAUAGAAGUUAUUACAUCCCAAGAGAGAGAAAUCACAAUCAAGAAACCCAAUGGUGAAACUAGCAAGACAACCGUGAGAAUUUGGAAUGAGACUGUUUCCAAUUUAACGCUUAUGGCUUUGGGCUCUUCUGCACCUGAGAUCCUCCUUUCUGUCAUUGAAGUGUGUGGCCAUGGCUUCACCGCAGGGGAUCUUGGGCCAAGCACCAUUGUAGGAAGUGCUGCCUUCAACAUGUUUGUCAUCAUAGCACUUUGCGUUUAUGUUGUUCCUGAUGGGGAAAUCAGGAAGAUUAAACAUCUUCGUGUGUUUUUUGUCACUGCAGCUUGGAGCAUCUUUGCCUACACUUGGCUUUACCUAAUUUUGUCGGUCAUGUCACCUGGGGUAGUGGAGGUCUGGGAAGGCCUGCUCACUUUCUUCUUUUUCCCUAUCUGUGUGGUGUUUGCAUGGGUUGCUGACAGAAGGCUUCUGUUCUACAAGUAUGUCUACAAGAAAUACAGGGCUGGCAAGCAGAGGGGCAUGAUCAUUGAACAUGAAGGUGAAGGACCACCCUCCAAAGCUGACAUUGAAAUGGAUGGGAAGGUAGUUAACUCUCAUGUUGAAAGUUUCUUAGAUGGCACUCUGGUCCUCGAGGUGGAUGAGAAGGAUCAGGAUGAUGAGGAAGCGAGGAGAGAAAUGGCCAGGAUUCUUAAAGAGCUGAAACAGAAGCAUCCGGACAAAGAAAUAGAACAGCUGAUAGAACUAGCUAACUAUCAGGUUCUGAGCCAGCAGCAGAAGAGCCGAGCUUUCUAUCGCAUCCAGGCCACUCGGCUAAUGACAGGAGCUGGCAAUAUUUUGAAGAGACAUGCAGCUGACCAGGCGAGGAAAGCAGUCAGCAUGCAUGAGGUUAACUGUGAAGUGGCAGACAAUGACCCUGUCAGUAAGGUCUAUUUUGAGCAGAGCACCUACCAGUGCCUUGAGAACUGCGGCACGGUGGCCCUGGUUAUUGCCCGACGUGGCGGCGACUUGACCAAAACCGUCUCCGUUGAUUUCAGAACAGAAGAUGGCACGGCCAAUGCGGGUUCUGAUUAUGAAUUCACUGAAGGUACUGUGAUAUUUAAGCCAGGUGAAAUGCAAAAGGAAAUACGGGUUGGCAUAAUCGAUGAUGAUAUAUUUGAGGAAGAUGAGAACUUCCUUGUUCACCUCAGCAAUGUGAAAGUGUCUUCUGAGGACCCAGGAGAAGGCGUUCUGGAGGCCAACCAUGUCGCAACCGUGGCUUGCCUGGGUUCUCCUGCCACUGCCACUGUCACGAUCUUUGACGAUGACCACGCUGGCAUUUUUACCUUUGAGGAGCCUGUGACUCAUGUGAGCGAAAGCGUGGGAACCAUGGAAGUCAGAGUGCUGCGCACUUCUGGAGCACGAGGAAAUGUUAUUGUGCCCUACAAAACCAUAGAAGGCACAGCCAAAGGGGGUGGAGAGGACUUUGAAGAUACUUGUGGGGAGCUGGAGUUUCAGAAUGACGAGAUUGUCAAAACGAUAUCAAUCAAAGUAAUUGAUGAUGAGGAAUAUGAGAAAAACAAGACCUUCUACAUUGAAAUUGGGGAGCCCCGUCUGGUGGAGAUGAGUGAAAAGAAAGCCCUGUUGUUGAAUGAGCUUGGUGGCUUCACAAUUACAGGGAAAUGUUUGAAUGGCCAGCGUGUCUUCAGGAAGGUACAUGCUAGAGACCAUCCUCUCCCUUCUACUGUAAUCAACAUUCAAGAGGAGAAUGAAGAGAAGCAGCCACUGACAAGCAAAGAGGAGGAAGAGCGCCGCAUUGCAGAAAUGGGGCGCCCCAUCCUGGGAGAGCAUACAAAGCUCGAAGUGAUUAUUGAAGAGUCCUAUGAGUUCAAGAACACAGUGGACAAACUCAUCAAGAAAACAAACCUCGCUCUUGUAGUUGGAACUAACAGCUGGAGAGAACAGUUCAUUGAAGCGAUCACAGUCAGCGCCGGAGAGGAUGAUGAUGAUGAUGAAUGUGGGGAAGAAAAGCUGCCUUCUUGCUUUGAUUAUGUGAUGCACUUUCUGACCGUCUUCUGGAAAGUCCUGUUUGCCUUUGUCCCCCCAACGGACUACUGGAAUGGUUGGGCUUGUUUUGUUGUAUCCAUCCUAAUGAUCGGCCUUCUGACGGCAUUCAUUGGGGACUUGGCUUCCCAUUUUGGCUGUACCAUUGGCCUGAAGGAUUCAGUAACCGCAGUUGUAUUUGUUGCAUUGGGAACUUCAGUGCCAGAUACAUUUGCCAGCAAAGUAGCAGCAAUGCAAGAUCAGUAUGCAGAUGCUUCCAUAGGUAACGUCACCGGUAGCAACGCUGUGAAUGUUUUCCUGGGGAUUGGUGUCGCCUGGUCCAUUGCCGCCAUCUACCAUGCAGCCAAUGGCAGACCGUUUAAAGUCGAACCAGGCACCUUGGCUUUCUCUGUCACCCUCUUCACUAUAUUUGCUUUUAUCAGUGUCGGGGUGCUCCUCUACCGGCGGAGACCGGAGAUCGGAGGUGAGCUGGGCGGGCCUCGGACUGCCAAGAUUCUAACCUCAUGCCUCUUCGUGCUCCUCUGGCUCCUGUACAUAUUUUUCUCAUCUCUGGAAGCCUACUGUCACAUAAAGGGCUUCUAAAGGAAAACUAUGGGAGAUAGUAUCUAUAUAUAUAUCUAUAGAGAGAGGGAAAGAAAUACAGGUAUAUAGAUAGAGAUCUAAUAUUGUUGAACAGAGGAAGAAAAGACAUUUGCCAUGUUCACUUAUCUACUGAUGGAAUGUAGCUUUGCGGUAGGAGUUUGAAAUCUGCAGGAUUCUUCACCAGAGGCAGCAUCAUAGAAAUGGAGCCAUGGAAGCAGGGUCGUCUUUGCAACUCAACCUACAGGAUUGUGAUGGAGCUACUCAAUAUUUCCCAUCUCCCCCUCAUACACACUCCCUCCAUAAGAAUCAAUCCAAUUUCACCAGGGGCUUAUUUUGGAAUGACAAAAGGCCUGUUUUUGCUGUAUCACAUUGGGCGGAUGUUUCAAAGGGGAGUUCUUGACUUUCUUACCAGUAUCUUUGUUGCCUUCUUUAUAAUUCAAGAAUGAGCUGAAGCGUCACCCUCAAAGAUGUGAGUGGAGUGGCAUACAAAGGCCAUGCUAUUUUCAACCCAAUUUUGUUUUUGUUUUUUUUGGGGGGGUCUUUUUUACUUCUAUUCUGCCCCAGCCCCCCUUACUGUCCAGCUUAAGAAUAUGUUCUGUUGAAAUACAACACAAACCACUCCCCACUUUUUCCAGAGCUGUAAUUGUGAUCAGCAAGUCCAGUUCCCCUUUAAAACAAAAACAGACUUUUCAAACAACAUUUAACCAGCACUCCAUUUGCUCCAAAACUGUGGAUUACAGACCUGUGCCCAAAGCCCUAAUGCACACCUCUGGCUUUGUUUUUUUGUUAUUGCUCUGAUGUAUUUUGCCAGUUUAAUUUCAAUUGCCUCCAGUACCCUUCCUGUCCUGCCAAUGUUUGCUGCUGUGCCCUUUUCAUACUCCAGUUUGGGAAUGCUUUCAUGGUACUUGUUGUAACACUUUGCAUGAAUGAAGCAAACCAUAAUCUGUAAUAUAGCAUUGAAUAGAGAUAGUCCGGUCAGUGAUGCCAAUGGAACAUUGAAGAUGCAAGCACAUUUCCCUUCCACACCUUUUUCUUUUCUUUUCAGUGAACAGGAUGACAGGCAGGAAACAAUUGGCAUUCUGUUACUCUGCAUAAGGUUCCUAAGAAGCAAUAACCAAGAGCUGUGGAAAUCUGUAUGUUUUAAAGGGAAGCAUUCAUGCAGCAGACUUAGACCAUUUUGGAAAGGGAUCUGCCUGCCAGCUAAGUUUAGGAUGAAUGUAGAAAGCUGCUUGCACUGAGUUAGGCCAAUGGUCCUCUAACUCAGCAUUUCACUCCAGAAGGCAGUGAGGCUCCAAAGUCCCUGGCAGAGGCCUCUUCUAGCCCUGUGACCAAUUUAAUGGGAGAUUCUGUGAACUGAACCUGGCACUCUCUAUGUACCAAAAGCAUGCUCUACCAGAGCACUAUGGAUGGGAUGAGUAAUGCCUGCUUGCUUUGUGACUUAUCUGUCUGAACCAAGUGGGGCUUCAGCACUGUUCAUGCUAAGCAGGCAUAACUCUAAAUAAGCAAAAUAGACUUGAGCUUUUUGAAACAUCAGCUCCCCAUUCCAUGCACUUGCUCUCAUCUUCAGACUCCCAGGAUCAAAUCCUUGGUCUCCAUACUUAGGAAUAUUUUCUGCUGCAGCUCUGUGGAAACAUAUAGGCUGGAUUGGUCUUCGCAAAGGGCACCUUGAAGACAGAACAAUUCCACUUUAGUCUUCUGGUGGAUUUUAAACAUUCCACCAUGCACUGGCCUUCAGAACGGCAAAGAGAAAGUGCUGGUUUUUAUUUUAUUGCCCAGCAGUGAGUGCAUUUCUCCUGAGGAAUUAAGAUUUAACUACUGUUAUUUAUUAUUCAUUCAUUGUUGGCAGUGAGCUCAGCACUGUACAAUGCACAAAGAGAUACCAAAAGCAGCACUUGGCGGUGGAAAUGCCAUCCUCCAGUAUGCAGGUAGAGUGCCAUUGAACUCUCGGAGGAUACUUCUUUUGUGGGUCAUUUGCUAAUUUAUUUAUGUUUUCCAUCUUCCCACCCUUCACACACAUAAAUUUUUCAUUUGUCUAAUUCUUAUUCUCUACCUCUGGUGCUCAUGGAAGCAUCAAGUCAUUAGAAUGGGGCCCAAAUAUGGAAAGCUGUCCACCUUGAAAGUACACUUGUAGUGCAAGCCUUCUGCAUGUUUAGGCAGAAAGCAGUCCUACAGGUCCCAGCAUUCUCCAGCUGGGAAUGGCUGGCUGGGGAAUGCUGGGAGUUGCAGGGAUAUUUUCUGCCUAAACAUGCAUAGGAUUGCACCCUUAUGGCAACAUGGAAGGAACUAUAGGACAGAGCUGGGGGGACUUGUACCAUAUGUGGAGAUGGUGGAGAGGAGGCACAGGUCCACCACUGGAGAUGGAUGGGACUCAGAGAUACUACCCAGUGGCACAAUCCCAUACUUGCUGCAUAGCUGUAGAAGGUCAGGAAGGGAAGAUUCUGAUCAUCCCCACCUGGAACUAUUGGGUGCAGAUGCAAUCGGUGCCCAGGGCUAGAUGAGAGGAACUGUCCAGACAAGCAAGGGAACUGGCACUGUAGAAAGAGGACUAGAGGGAAGGAAGCUGCUUGGAACUGUUGGUUUUUCUGCCUGACAUAACAAUGGGGCCAAUCAGUAGGUGUCCCAAAUAAUGAGAUGAAUCACAAAUGCAGUUCCUGGCCUAACCAUGGUCCAUUGAAAGGUAAUCAGAAAAAACACUGUGUGUACCAACAGUGUGCUGAGGCUCCCCAUUCUCCAACCAGUGUGAGUUAGGGAGCCCAUCUUCAACCCAAAACAAUUCCCCCAUUCUAAGUAGAAACAUAGUUGGUCUGCCUUCAGAGAGAGAAUCCUAAGCAGAACCACUGCAGAGUAAAAGAAGGGCAUACCUGUAUAAAACUUGGCCAUGCUUAGAAGCAUUCAGGAACUUCCAAAAAAGACAAUUGUCCCAUCCAGUCUAUUAUCAUCUACUGUGAUUGGUAAUGAUUCUCAAGAGCAGAAAUAAGGGACCAGUGGCCCUCCAGAUGUUGGAUUCCAGCUCUCAUCAGCAGCAUGGCCACUUCAGGAUGAUGGAAGUCUUUAUGCAACAACAUCUGGAAGACUGCAGGUUCCCUUCCUCUACUUUAGACCAACCUUCUUCAACCUGGUGCAUUCCAAAUGUGUUGUACAUCUGAAACACCACAGGUCUGAGAAGAAUGCUUUAGGACCUUCCCCAGUCCUACUACUGAAGGUUGUUUUAGCCAGACAUGACAGAAACUGGGGACUUGCAUGUGGUCAGAGAGUUGUGGCCCAUAUAGAAUGUGUGUGGCACUGCUAUUUCAGAGCUGCUGCUUGGUACCAAAGAGAGGUUGACAGAAUUUCUAUUCACACAGGUAUUUCUUCUCCCAAAGCAUUGCAUGGCAGGAUCCUAGAAAAUCUUUUGACCCUCAUUCUUCCCAGUCUACUGAAUAAAGAGCCAAUAUGGCGUAGUGGUUAAGAGCAUAGGACUGGAACUUGGGUCUGGUGGUCUGGGUUCUCAGCCAUGGAGCCCACUGGGUGACUUUAAGCCAGUCACAGACUCUCAGCCCAACCUACCUCACAGGAUUCUUCUGGGGAUAAGAUGGAGAGCAGGAGGAGGAGAAUGAUGUAACCCACUUUGACUUCAUUGAGGAAAAAGCGGAAUACAGAUACAGUAAAUUGAUGGGCACAACAGCUCUUCUCUCACCAUGACUCAGUUGUGCUUGGACCUUGAUCAUGAGACAGUGUUUGGGUUUUUUAAAAAGAAAAAUCAUGGGAGUCAACACACCGCAUGAGUCCAUUUUGAGAAAGGGGGCGGGUAGCAAAGAUGAUGCUCAUCUUUCAAAGUAACAGAAAACAGGAUCCUACAUCUGAGUGGUUCAGCCAGGCCAGAACAUUAACUGCUGCAGAAGAAAACAUUUCUAUAGACAUCAAAAGAGUUGUUCAUGUUUUCUUCAGUAGAAAAGCUAAUCCUGUCAUUACUGUAUAAGGAUGUUACCAGAAAAAAAAAAAUCACAGUGGCUUAAGUACUCUGUUCGUUAGUAGGUGUAUUACUAGGUGGGUGGACUUUGUAUGCAGUGUAGCUGCAUUAAAAUCAAUACUGAUGUUGCAGUUUAAUGAAUGAGAGCUGGAGUUGCUCACUUCUCCAGGAACGCCUCGGUAUUGGCUCCUAAAUUUUAGCGGCAGCAGUUGAAAACCUCAAGGCCAUGCUAAAAAAUAAUUCACCAUUCAUUCAAUGGAAGGACUAGCUGUGCAUGCAGAUACAUUUGUGCACAUGGAGACAUGUCCUCAGUUGAAAUGAACAGGAAACCUGUGCAUGUAGAAUGCUGUGUUGGUCCUAUCUUUCAUUAUCUGUGAUGGCAGGAAUUAGUAGCAGCUGGCCCUGGUCCUGUGUAGCUCCUUCUGGACUAGCAACUGAAGAGCCAUGAAUGAAAUCUUUCACUUCAUAGUAAAAUGUAUGGAGGUUAGACUAGGAUUUUCCUUAUUUUGAACAACUUGUGGAAUGCUUGAGUUUUUCUUUUAAAAAUGGAAUGCAUUAAAUUCCCCCACCCCCCACCCCAUAAAUCAGUUCUCAUUUUUGAAGAUUUUUUUCCUGUUUGAUUUCAUUUGAUUUGUUUGUUAUUGGGGUAGGGGAAGAAAAUUAAGUAAUGAAUUUGGGUUGUUCAGGGACUAUUAUUCAUAUUAUUGUGUUUGUGGAAAAAUAUUCAUUUCAUCUGUUUGCUUUCCUUCAUUUUUAUUUGUGUGUAUUGUGCACAGUAACAGAGAGGCAUUGAGUGCAUUUAAUUGUGAUCAAUGGUACACUGAGGCACAGAAAAUAAAAUUUAUAAUUGGUUCUGAUUCGAA